AUGGCACAGAAGCAAGAAUUUUCGUCAUUAACUGAUUCUGAACACAAAGUAAGACGAGGAUCAUCUCAAUCCUACAUCGAACAACAACAGAUACGAAUGGAUGAUCAAGAUGAAAACAAACAAGCACAAAUGGAUAUUCAACAAUCAAAUAAAAUGAUGUUAUUAAUGCAACAACUUCUUAAGGAACAAGCUGUUAAACAACUACACUCUAAAAGAAUCAAUCAACUUCUUGAUUCUACUCCAUUCACUGGAUCAGCUUCACAAGAAGUCUCAGAUUGGAUCGACGACUCUAGUAACAAGUGUGAUCAAGUUCAACUAGAUGAUGCGCAACGUUUAUCGGUGGUUAUUGAUCUUCUCAAGGGCAAUGCCAAAUUAUGGUAUGAUACAUACAAGGACACAAUUCAUGAUUGGGUAACAUUGAAAAAUAAAUUAACAACCUAUUUUAAACUUGUAACUGGUACCGAUCAUUUUCAACUGGAACGAAAGCUUUACAAUCGACGACGACAAACAAAUGAAUUAGCAAUUGAUUACUGUCACAACGUUCUGAGACUUUGUUCAAAGGUUAAUAAAUACAUGGAUGGAUGA